CCUUGGGUCGACGAUAGGUGGCGUUGUUAAACAGGUGCUUGGAAUCGUCUUCAGGAAUAGAUAACGUAAGGACUGUGUGGAAAUUUCUUCGUAAGUCAAAAUGUAAACCAUGUUAAGUAAAGGUUAACUAAACUGUAGCAGUGAUUUUAGCUAGAUGUAUGAGGUAUUAAUUUAUCGCGGCGUUUAUGAAGCGUGUUAGAGCUGACAGUUAUAAAACCUGUGACAUGGGCGGCAGUCACGACUUGUCUUAUUUCUGUCAAACUCAUUCAGUUAGGAAGUAAAGAAGCAAGACUAUUUUCUUGGCACCAGAGACAGAGAUUUCAAAGUUGUUGCAGGAGCUUUCUAUAUUUGGAUGUUAUAAGAUGGCUUUAUUGAAAAAGAAUUGUGCAUAAUUUUUGUGUGAAUAGUAUUCCUGUUAAAUAUUUACGAAACCUGUCAGUAGCCCUGUGUGGAGCUACUUAAAUCUUUAAGCCGUCAUGCCAACAAGCAAUGUGUCUGGAACAACACCCUACAGCACUGAAGAGUGUCUGAAGGAGCGUUAUUGGUACGCUUUCCUUACGUCAAGUUUAGUUACGUUUAUGUUCGGAUUUGUAAUUAUUGUAAGUUAUCGUAUUAUUGUAUUGGCAUUUUGCCGCAAGAAGAAAAAUCAAAUAUCUUAUAGAGCUGCACAUACAGGUACUGGAUCCCACAAGUUAUCGCCAAAUGUUGGUCCGGGAGGAACAUCUAAUCCAUUAUUUGUUAAAUCUGCGGAUCCAGAAAUAGGAUGGAUGACAGAAGCCAAAGAUUGGGCAGGAGAAUUGAUAUCGGGACAAACGACCACAGGAAGAAUAUUGGUUGGUUUGGUAUUUCUACUCAGCAUAGCCUCAUUGAUUAUCUAUUUUAUUGAUGCUACUCAAAAUGAAGCUGUUGAAACAUGUCAUCCAUGGUCUACAAGUACAACACAACAAGUUGAUCUGGCUUUUAAUGUCUUCUUCAUGAUAUACUUCUUUAUACGGUUUGUAGCUGCGAACGAUAAAUUAUGGUUUUGGUUAGAGUUGUUCUCAUUUGUGGAUUAUUUCACCAUACCACCAUCUUUUGUUGCUAUUUACUUAGACAGAAACUGGUUAGGUCUGAGAUUUCUGAGAGCUUUGCGACUGAUGUCAUUCCCAGAUAUUUUGACGUACCUUAAUAUACUGAAGACAAGUACAAUGAUACGACUGACACAAGUUGUUGCUUAUUUUAUCAGUUUAUGGUUGGCUGCAGCAGGAUUCGUACAUUUGGUUGAAAAUUCAGGCGAUUUUUUCUUUAAUUUUUCCAAUCCACAAAAAUUGACCUAUUGGGAGUGUUUAUACUUUCUGUUGGUUACCAUGUCAACAGUUGGAUUCGGAGAUGUCUAUGCUACAACCGUAUUAGGAAGAACAUUUAUUGUUUUCUUUAUAUGUAUCAGUAUCGGUUUGUUUACCAGCUUUAUACCUGAAAUAGUAGAAAUUUUAGGCAGACGCCAAAAAUAUGGCGGAACAUAUAAAAAGGAAAGGGGGAAAAGACAUAUUGUUGUUUGUGGGCAUAUUACUUACGAAUCUGUUCAGAACUUUUUAAAAGAUUUUCUACAUAAGGAUAGAGAGGAUGUUGAUGUAGAAAUUGUCUUUAUACAUAAGGGUUUACCAGAUUUAGAAUUAGAAGGUUUAUUGAAAAGACAUUUUACUCAAGUUGAAUUCUUCCAAGGAACAGUAAUGGAUGCUAAUGAUCUAGAACGAACCAAGAUUCGAUCAGCAGAUGCAUGUCUGGUAUUAGCUAAUAAAUAUUGUCAGGAUCCUGAUCAAGAAGAUGCAUCUAAUAUAAUGAGAGUUAUCUCUAUAAAAAAUUAUCAUUCAGACAUCAAAGUUAUAGUACAAUUACUACAGUAUCAUAAUAAGGCAUAUUUACUAAAUAUACCAAGUUGGGAUUGGAAGAGAGGAGAUGAUGCUGUUUGUGUUGCUGAGUUAAAACUUGGUUUUAUUGCUCAAAGUUGUCUAGCACCAGGCUUCUCUACAUUAAUGGCCAACUUAUUUACAAUGAGAUCUUUUAAAACGAAUGUUGAAUUAAGUCAAUGGCAGACAGAUUAUAUGAGAGGUACAGCUAUGGAGAUGUAUACAGAAUAUUUAUCUAGUGCGUUUAAUGGUUUAACAUUUCCUGAAGCUGCAGAGUUAUGUUUCUCGAAGUUAAAGUUGUUAUUAUUGGCUAUAGAAGUACGACAAGAAGAAACCAGAGAGAGUACGUUAGCUAUUAAUCCCGGUCCAAAAGUUAAAAUAGAAAACGCUACGCAAGGUUUUUUUAUUGCUGAAUCAGCAGAAGAAGUUAAAAGAGCUUUUUACUAUUGUAAGAAUUGUCAUAAUGGUGUUACUGAUGUAAGAGCUAUAAAGAAAUGUCGGUGUAGACCAUCGUUACACCAUUCAACGGGUUCAGUAGGUUUUGUAGAAGCACAAGAAGAUGUUGGUGGAACAAAGGAAAAGUUAGUGUCCUCACAAAUUACCCAGCCAGCUUCAACUUCAAUUGACAAUGUGAAAACAGAUGAUGUUGAAGAUGAAAUUAUUUCCAAGAAAACCUGGGCAAGGAUAUCGACUAAUCAUAGAAAGAGAGAUAAAAGAUUACGCCGUCUAUCAAUGCCACAGUUAACUGGUAAACAAGAAUUAGCACGAUCUACCCCCUCUCCCCUUCCUACAACAGAUAGUGAUAAAACAUUUGAGGAUGAACAGAGGCGGUUUGAUUCUACUGGAAUGUUUCAUUGGUGUCCUGAUAGGCAACUAGAAAGUGUGGUCAUGGACCGCAAUAAGGCAGCUAUGUCAGGUCUACACAACCAUAUUAUUGUUUGUUUAUUUGCGGAUGCAGGUUCACCUUUAAUAGGUAUCAGAAAUCUAGUUAUGCCAUUGCGAGCCAGUAAUUUUCACUACGAAGAACUUAAACAUGUAUUUAUAGUUGGACAUUUAGAUUAUAUUAAAAGAGAAUGGAAAACAUUACAGAAUUUUCCUAAGUUAUCCAUUUUACCAGGUUCACCAUUAAAUCGAGCUAAUUUGCGGGCAGUAAAUGUUAAUUUGUGUGAUAUGUGUGUUAUUGUGUCUGCUAAAGAUAAAAAUAUGGACGAUCCUAAUCUAGUUGACAAAGAAGCAAUUCUAUGCUCAUUAAAUAUUAAAGCUAUGAAUUUUGAUGAUUCUAUUGGCCUAAUACAAGCAUCCGCACCAACUAAUUCAGCCUUUUUACCGGCUGGGUUUUCACCAUUAGGAAGUCCAGCUAGUCGACCUACCUCAAGAAGAGGUUCAAUAUGUGGAUCUAAUGUACCUCUUAUUACUGAACUUGCCAAUGAUUCUAAUGUGCAGUUUUUAGAUCAAGAUGAUGAUGAUGAUCCAGAUACAGAAUUAUAUAUGACACAACCAUUUGCCUGUGGUACAGCUUUUGCUGUUAGUGUGCUUGAUUCAUUAAUGAGUACAAGUUAUUUCAAUGAUAAUGCUCUGACAUUAAUCAGAACAUUAAUAACAGGAGGUGCAACUCCUGAAUUAGAACAGAUUUUAGCAGAAGGUGCCGGUAUGAGGGGAGGUUAUUGUACUCCAGCAGUAUUAGCUAACAGAGACCGAUGCAGAGUAGCUCAAAUAUCCUUGUUUGAUGGUCCACUAGCACAGUUUGGGACUGAUGGUAGAUAUGGAGAUAUGUUUGUUCAUGCUUUAAGAAACUAUGGUAUAUUAUGUAUUGGACUGUAUCGAUUCCGGGAUACAAGUGAAUCUGUUAAAAGUCCAUCCUCUAAGCGCUAUGUGAUCACAAAUCCUGCUGAAGAGUUUUCACUUUUGCCAACAGACCAGGUCUUUGUUCUUGCCCAAAGUGAAAUCGGCAUAAGUGAACUUGACAUCUCAGAAAAAAAUGGACUGAAGGCAACGUCAAUGUAAGACUGGUUUUACGGCCUUCUGUUUACAGCCAUUCAACUUCAACGAGGUUGUGAAGCGAAGUAAAAGAAAAAGUGCUCGAGGUACUCGACAUGAGAGUACUUCAUAACUAUAAAAUAUCAUUUCACAGUUUCUUAUUUUCUUAUUAAUUUAUAAUUUAAAGUAUUGUGUUUCAUAAGUCAGUAACCUUAUUGUGUUUCAUAAGUCGGUAACCUUAUUGUGUUUCAUAAGUCGGUAACCAAGUGCUUCAGUGUAAUUUUUAAAUUAGAUGUUUUAGUUUAUUCUUAAAUUAUUUCACUUUGAAUGAUUUAAUUAAAUUGUGAUCAAGUGCUUGAAUAUUCUUGAAAUUCAUUUCCAAUUUUUUUUUCCUGCACAUAUUUGUUAAUUAAUUUAUGAACAAGCAUCUGUAUUUGUAUUUCAAGUGAAUUAUUAUUUAUAUAUAUGGAAAUUUCAGUCCUGAAAUCACUCUAUAUUGUGAUGGAGUUGUAAAUAGAAUGAAACAGUUUGUGAUUUUUUAAAUAUUUGAAACCACAUAAUAUUUACAAAAACACAUUUUAUUUAAAAUCAACUUAUUUUUCUUUGUUGACUUUAGUAAUAAAUUUUCAUUUUUAUUUAUCAUUAUUUAUGCACUGGUAUAUAAGGAAUGUGUGCAAUUGCUUUCUUCUUAUUUUAACAAAAAUAUGUAACCAAAACAAUACUGAUAUUGGUCCUUUUGAUUACAUAUUAGAAUAUUUACAUUUAUAAAUAUCAUUGAAUGAUAUUCUGCACAUUUAAAUUAAUUUUUACCAGGGCUCACAUUUGAGUCUUUAUUGAACUAUUGAAAUAAGUAUGUUAAUCUUUUACUAAUUAAUAUAAAUAAGGGUAAUCCAAUUUAUAAUUUUUCUCUGUUAAAGGUCCAAUAUUCCAGAAUGAAAGUCAAAUAAAGACCAUCACAACACAAUUUACACAAUAGGAAUCUUACCAAAAAGGAUAUUGGUCCAAAUUGUAGUUACAUCAAUCAAUCCCAACAUAAGUUUUGCCCAUCUAAAGUUCUCAUUAUUUUCUAAUCAUCAGUCGCUGAACUAUGUCGACAACUUAUUUCUGUCCAUAAACAUCAAAGCCAAGAUGGUAUGUCAUUUUGUUUUAGUACUGAAAGAACACUUUUCAGCUCUUCUUUUUGAUAUAUUUAAGUAUUGAAAAUGUUUACAGGUAUUAGCUUUCUGUAGCUGUGCACCUUUAUCACAAGUUUUAUUUUGAAGCAAAUAUUUAUAACAUAUUAUUUGAAACUGUAAAAUACAUAAAUUUGUUUUGCUGGGAAAAUUUGAAGGGGGAGUCCUGGAUUCAGUACAUAUUGGUUACUAUUACAUAUUACUGGAAAUGUAAUAGUAGAUGUAUAGUAAUAUAUACCCUAGUCAUAUGGAUACUAUUUCAUUCUUAUUUCCAUCAACCUAAUCAAGGGUAAAUUGUUAUUUUCCCAUAGUUGUAGAUCUCCACAAAACAUGAAGUAAAGGCUUCAGGUGGAACAAACAUAUCACAAAAUUCCAUAAGAAAGUGAUUUAUAUAAACAUGUAGAUAUAAUUUACACUAUAUAAACAUUUAACUGUUGAAAUAUAUUCAGAUUUUUAGAUAUACACAAUACUAAAUAUGCCUGUACAAAGUUGUAUAAUUUUGAUAGAGGAAAUAGGCAUUUGGAAUGAAGCCAUCUUUCAGUAUGAAUCAGAGUAUGGUAGUCUUGAUAUACCAUACACAAUUUGAGAGCAUGAAAAAUCAAAUUGAGAACAGAAAAAAAAGCAUACCAAACAGAAAAGUUUGAUUUGAUAAUUCAGUGUAAUUUAGAAGCUUGUAAUGAGGACUGGAGUAUUCAAGUUACCAUAGUAGUGUAAUAUCUAGCGGUUAUUAAAACUGAUUUCCUCUUCCAUAGAGAAUAGUCUAGAUGUGACAUGUACAUUUCCAAUUAAAACACAGCAUAUAUAUUAUCAUAUAUGAAUAUUUAAUGUUUUGGUAUUUUUGUACUGUACUUAGUGUAGAAAGAUACAAAGUUUAUCAUGAGAAUAGAAGUAUAUACCAUACUACUGUUUUGUGUUAUACAUACAUGUAACUUUACUAUCAUAUUACUAUUGUCUGAUCAUAUAUAGAGAGAGAAGCAAAAGAGUGAAUGGUUUUUGAAAAAAAACUUAGAAACUAUGUAUUUUGUUGACUUUAGCUGCUGUAGAUGUUUUAUUUAUUUUAUUAUUUAGUUUAAUUAAAUUAGUAUAUCAAAUAUACAUUCAAUUUCAUAUUAUAAUACUGUAAAGCAAGAGGUUAAUGUAUGCAAGAAAUUAAUGUGUAAAUACAAAGCAUGAUCAGUCACAUUAAUUUCGAUAUGUUCCAUUACACAAAUAAAGAAAGGAAUAAAUCAUAUAUCAGUAAUAAGUAUACAAAUUCAUAACAUUAGAACAAUCAUCAUCAAUAACAAUGCACUGAUCGAUGAUGUUUAUAGCGAUGAUGUCAUUAUCAGCUGGUUAACUGGUGUCUUAAUUCUUUGCCACAGUCAUAAAUUUAGAAAAUAGUGAGGAUAAUGUUGGUGGCUUGAAUGUGGCCGUUCGUCAUUGAUAUUUUUAGGACAAUAUCAAAUUUUACUGGACUUUAAUACAUGCUUAUUGAUUAUUUCACAUUUAACUAGAAAACAAAGAUAAUCUUCCAGCUUGGAUUCAGUCAGAUUAAAAAGAGGCCCAUCAAAAGAUUUUAUCCGACACUUAGAGUUGUGCUGGCUUAUUUGUAGAGGAAGUCAAAUGCUCUGCAAUAUUCAAUUCAUCAAAUCUUUCUAAAAUAUGUACAGAAUUGAACCAAUUUAUGACUGUUAUUCCUUUUUGAGAUUCUUUCACAGUAAUUGUAGUUUGCAAGGAUUCAGAAUCCCUCAAAUGACAAUCAACAGCUAUAAAAUAAUUUAAUUUCAAUAGGUAUAGGUAUACUCCUUUCAGUUUGCAUUAAUAUCAUGAAUAGUUUCUUGUUAAAUGGAACCUGUUCUUUACCAGAGCAUAUUUUCGUCAUUUUCAUAGAAUUUAGGGUUUGGCUUCUUUUUUUUUUCUUGCAAGAUUAAUGUUAUGUGCUAUUUUACAAUUACACUAUUCAUGGUAAACUCUUGUGUCUCUUGACAUUGUCCAUUGUUACACAUUUAAUAUGGAUGAUCUCCUAUAAGUUGUAUAAAUCACUUGUUAUAAUUUAUUCAAGUUCAGUAUUUGAACUAUGUCUCAGUUGAACUAGUCUAUGUCUAUUGUUUUGUGUAUAAAUACUUACAGAUUUUUUCUUAGGUUUUUACUUAAUAACAAUUUGUAAUUUUAAAAAAUUCAGUUUAAAUCAGGGCUUUCGCUUUAAAAUUUUGACAAAUGACCCAAUUUUUUUAGGUAUCUUGUUUACUUUAGAGAAACAAAAUAUUUUUUUCAAAGAAUGUGACAAUUUUUUAUAUAUAUUUUUCAGUGUUUUUACACCUAAAAACAAUAAAUUCAUCUGUAUUUAUUGUGUUUUAUGAUUAAAUUCUAUGAAGUUCAAACUUUAUGACAUGUAAAUUGACUGAAGGGUAAGUUGUCUAGCUGGUCAAUUUCACUAACAGUCAGUCAAGACAGACAGAUAGACUGAAAUGAGAGCCCUGUUUUAGAUAAUGUUUAUUUAUAAAAAUUAUUAUAAAUAAUUAGGCAAUAAUUGGUCCAAUUUCAACUAAAGUAUAAAAAUGUAAGACUUACUUUGUAAAUGAGAAAAUAAUAUGAAAUACAUGUGGUGUUUGGCAGACUUUGUUUCAAGAAUCUGAGUGGCAUAUUCUAAUUCAUGUUCUGGGGACAUUUUGCCAUCUUGAUGAUUUAUGGUAAUAAACACUUCAUGAGGAUCAGAAAACUCAAAACAAUCACCCAGAAGCUUUCAGAAUGAGAAAAUACCGGGGAUGAACUCCUUUCAUUUUUUUUUAUCAUAAAUCUGUGUAUAUAUAUAUAUAGAACUUUAUGUUUAGUGAACAAGUAUUAUUUAAUAUUUUACAAAAACUAUUAAUACUCAGUAGUUAGAAUCUCUCUUUAGUAAAAAUCUCAUAGUUUAAUUUUGUUAAAAAUUUAAAUGUUUUUUGUGUGUUGUGAAAAAGUUUUUAAAAUAAUAUGUCCUAUAUGUCAGUUGAUUUGUUUACAAUGUUUAUAUAUAUAUGUAUAUAUGAACAUAUAUAAGAAGAUACCGGCAAGCCCAAAUUAAAUUGAUAUAUGUAUACAUAUUUAUUUUAUUUUGUACAAAUAUUGGUUAUAAGGAUAUAGAUCUAAUAUUUUGAAAACUCUUUUAAUAUUUGAAAAUAAAUUGCAAUAUUAAACUAUAUUUACAAUUUUUGAGGGAAUUCAUUAUUUUUUCUUCUGUUUAACUAAUGUGCAUUAUUACAGUAGGUGUACGAGGUAUCUCCUUUUCAUUGUUUUCAGCUAUUGCUAUUCAUGUUUUUCUACCUUUAUUUGUCAGCAAAUGGACUGUUAUCUAAUAUUAACCAGUUUAAAUUAUUUCUCAUGUAUUUUUAAAGAGUGAUAAAAGAUAUUUUUUUAUAAUGAUUGUAUAUUAAUUGAAGGAUUGUAUUUAUAAACAUCUAUUAUUAUUAUAUCUUGUUUUUGGCUAAUCACAAGUAUUCUCAUUGUUUGUGUGAUCUUGGCUUGAAUAAAACACAUUAAAACCUUCAAA